UUGUCAAAAGUAAAAGUCGUCGUUGCGUUGGACGAGAAGGUAAAAGCGAGGACGGAGAAAUCACAAGCGCAACGUCACUUUGCGGAGGAGCAACAUAUGUGGCGGUGCAGUGGCUGUUGCUGCCGCAACAAACCCAAAACAACUGACUUUCCACCUCGACAUCUUGUAACCACCGACACCAUGUUGCUCGACGAGGACCCUGGAACUCUCAUCCACCACACGAUCGGCAACUUCAACAUCCACCCCGAUAAACAAGCCGUCACACGCAUCAAUGACUCGCUCUCAAGUCUCCAGCAAUCGCGCGAUCUGCGCAUUCGCGAGGCCGAGUCGGCCAUGCGAAAACUUUCACGACACCUGAAUUCCCUAUCUACACAACACGAAGAAGCCGUGGCCGUGCACGACUCGGGCAAACACGCGGCGGAGAUUGUGGAGUUAGACACCAAGAAAUUUCGCAUCGCCAAGGCUGCAUCAGAACUAGAAAUUGAAAGCGAGCGCCUGGAGAGCGAGCUAGAGAUGCUUAAGGAAAGACUGGUCGACCUGGAGUCCCAAGGUCUCGAGGGUGACGAAACAACGCGGCGCGAGCGUGAGGCCGAUGAUGCGACAAUUCUGCGCCUCAAGAUCUUCCGUUCUCUCGGUGUUGAUAUCGAGCCCGAUGAGGCGGGCAAUUUCAACAGAGCGGUCAUUCGUAAUAGUCGCAAGGGCGAUGUUCAUGUCGUCAAUAUCGACCCGAAAUUCUCCCGCUUCUUCUACGCAAACUACUUUUGGUCAACGAUGCAAGGAUGA